ACAUUUCAGUGAAGCAAACACUGAACAUGUCUGGCCAUACCAAGCAGCAGCAGCCGCUCCUCCUCUCCCCGGCGCUCGCCGCCGGCAGCGGCAUGGGGAGACGCAGGUACCUCACCUUCCUAGUCAUCGCCAUGGCCUUGGUCGCCUCGUACCACCUCCUCCAGGCACCCACCCCGCCGUCGCGCUACCACGCGCUCUUCCUCACCCUCGGCUCCAACAGCAGCGCCUCCGCGCACCUCCGCGCGCUCACCCUCCGCCCGCACGUCGCCGGCACCGAGGCCAACGCCGCCGCCGCCGAGUACGUCCGCGCCGCGCUCGCCUCCCUCUCCUUCCCCACCCGCGUCACGCCCUACUCCGUCCUCCUCUCCUACCCCGCCCACCGCUCCCUCUCCCUCUCCGCGGGGCCCGGCCUCCCCAACAACUUCUUCUCCCUGGUCCAGGAGACCUACCCCGGCGACCCCUACGCCGCCGCCGCGGCGGAGGUCAUCCCCACCUACUUCGCCUACUCCGGCUCCGGCUCCGUCGCCGCCGAGGUCGUGUACGCCAACUACGGCGAGAAGAGCGACUACGCCUACCUCGCCUCCCAGGGCGUGGACGUCGCCGGGAAGGUCGUGCUCGCGCGCUAUGGGGACAUCCACUGCGAGGACAUGGUGCGGAACGCCCGCGCCGCCGGCGCCGCCGCCGCGCUCAUCUACACCGACGCCAAGGACUUCGGCGGCCCCGGGGCGAAGGGCAAGCGGAAGUGGUUCCCCGACACGCGCUGGCUGCCGCCGAGCGGCGUACAGGUGGGGACUCUCUACUACGGGAACGGCGACCCGACCACGCCGAUGUGGCCGUCGUGCGCGGCGGGGGAGGACUGCGAGCGUUUGAGCAUGGAGGAGCUGGACGGGAGCGAGGCGAUGCCCGGCAUCCCCGCGCUGCCGAUCUCGGGAAGGGACGGCGAGACAAUCCAGAAGGCGAUGGGCGGCGGCGUGGCUCCGCCGGAGUGGCAGGGCGCCGAGGGCGCGCCCGUGUACCGGAUUGGGCCCGGCCCAGCCGUGCUAAACCUCACCUACAUCGGAAAUGAGACCUUAGCGACCAUCGAAAAUGUCUUUGCUGUAAUCGAAGGAAGAGAAGAGCCUGACAGAUAUGUGAUCAUAGGCAACCAUCGUGAUGCGUGGACAUUUGGGGCAGUUGAUCCCAACAGUGGAACUGCAGCUAUGCUCGAGAUUGCGGAGAGGCUGUCCAAGCUAGAAAAGAAAGGGUGGAGGCCAAGGCGAACAAUCAUCGUGUGCAGCUGGGAUGCAGAGGAGUUUGCGCUGAUAGGGUCUACGGAAUGGGCCGAGGAGAACAUGGAUAUCCUUGGUUCAAGAGCUAUUGCUUAUCUAAAUGUGGACAUAUCAGUGUUUGGGCCUGGAGGUCUUAUGCCCCGUGCAACCCCUCAGCUAGAUGAAUUGAUCAAAGAAGCGAGCAGAAUGGUACCAGAUCCCGACGAUCCAUCUCACACCUUGUAUGACGCUCUGAUUCGCAAUGAUCCUCCGAUUACAAGAGUGGCCGGUGCGGGAACGGAUUUUGCAGCUUUUGUCCAGUAUAUUGGAAUCCCUUCACUUGACAUGUCAUAUGGACUAUUUUCUGAGUAUCCUGUUUACCACUCGCUGUACGAUGAUUAUGUUUGGAUGGAGCGUUUUGGAGAUCCCUUGUUCCACAGACAUGUUGCAUUGGCCAGUGUUUGGGGUCUGAUUGCUUUGAGACUUGCGGAUGAUGAGAUCAUACCCUUCAACUAUGUCUCUUACGCGUCUGAACUAGUGGAGAGCUCAAAAGUUGUGGAAGACGGAUGCCCUGGAUGCCCCGUCAGUUUCACUCCCCUGCACAAGUCAAUCAAGCAGCUUGAGAAGGCAGCCACGAAAAUUCUCACAGAAAAAAAGGUGUUGCAAUCACAAAAGUGGGGCCUAAACAGUAGGGAACGCACACUAAAAGCCAGGGAGAUCAACGAUCGGCUGAUGAUGGCAGAGCGAGCCUUCACCAACCGAGAAGGGCUCGUAGGGAGGCCGUGGUACAAACACAUGAUUUACGCAUCGUCGGACCAGGACGACUGGGGCACCAAAGCGUUCCCUGGCAUCGUCUCGGCCAUCGCCAAUGCGAACAAGCUCAACACAUCCGAAUCUUGGCGGGUCUUGCAGCAUGAGAUUUACAGGGGUGCAAGGGCCGUGUCCAAGGCCUCAGCGGUUCUGGAUGGUAGGCUUACAUGAUACACAGGUUAAACAUCACCAUAUGAAUUUCGUUUUUUGCAAGUCUAUGUAGUUCAGACUCAGGAGGUAUACUCGAGUGCAAUUACCGAGGGACAGAGAUCCACACUGGCUCAUGGUUGAUGAAUCACAGCCCCUUGCUGAUUCUCCUGAGAGUAUAAAAAAUACCAAUAAAGUUGUUUAUGAGUUGUGUA